ACUCGGCUGGCGGCUCCAGGCGCCCCGGCUUGCCGCCAUCUUGGAUCGGGGCUUCAUUGUUUGCUGUGGGCCGGCUGUUUGGGUUGACUUGCCGCCUAAGAAGAAGGCGAAGUAGCCUCCAGUCUAGCGAGGAAGCCCGCUCUUCCGUAGCCAUAGCCGCUCAAACGAUUUGGGAGGUAGUGAAGGGCAGGGAGCUGGACCCAGAGGCACCGCCGCGACCGCAGCAGCCAUGGAGGACGAGAUGCCCAAGACUCUAUACGUGGGCAACCUUUCCAGAGAUGUGACAGAAGCUCUCAUUCUCCAGCUCUUUAGCCAAAUCGGACCUUGUAAAAACUGCAAAAUGAUUAUGGAUGUAAGGACAGCAGGAAAUGACCCAUACUGUUUUGUGGAGUUCCAUGAGCAUCGUCAUGCAGCUGCAGCCCUGGCUGCUAUGAAUGGUCGGAAGAUAAUGGGUAAGGAAGUCAAAGUGAAUUGGGCAACAACCCCCAGCAGUCAAAAGAAAGAUACAAGCAGUAGUACCGUUGUCAGCACACAGCGUUCACAAGAUCAUUUCCAUGUGUUUGUUGGUGACCUCAGUCCAGAAAUUACAACAGAAGAUAUCAAAGCAGCUUUUGCACCAUUUGGAAGAAUUUCAGAUGCCCGAGUGGUAAAAGACAUGGCAACAGGGAAAUCAAAGGGAUAUGGCUUUGUCUCCUUUUUCAACAAAUGGGAUGCCGAAAACGCCAUUCAGCAGAUGGGUGGCCAGUGGCUUGGUGGAAGACAAAUCAGAACUAACUGGGCAACCCGAAAGCCUCCAGCUCCAAAGAGUACAUAUGAGUCAAACACCAAACAGCUGUCAUACGAUGAGGUUGUGAGUCAGUCGAGCCCCAGCAACUGCACUGUAUACUGUGGAGGGGUGACAUCGGGGCUGACAGAACAACUAAUGCGCCAGACUUUUUCGCCAUUUGGACAAAUAAUGGAAAUUCGAGUCUUCCCAGAUAAAGGAUAUUCAUUUGUUCGGUUCAAUUCUCAUGAAAGUGCAGCACAUGCAAUUGUUUCUGUUAAUGGUACUACCAUUGAAGGGCAUGUGGUGAAAUGCUAUUGGGGCAAAGAAACUCUUGAUAUGAUAAAUCCUGUGCAACAGCAAAAUCAAAUUGGAUAUCCACCACCGUAUGGCCAGUGGGGCCAGUGGUAUGGAAAUGCACAGCAGAUUGGCCAGUAUAUGCCCAAUGGCUGGCAAGUUCCUGCCUAUGGAAUGUAUGGCCAGGCUUGGAGCCAGCAGGGAUUCAAUCAGACCCAGUCUUCUGCUCCAUGGAUGGGACCCAAUUACAGCAUGCAGCCACCUCAAGGGCAGAAUGGCAGCAUGCUGCCUAAUCAACCUGCUGGGUAUCGAGUGGCCGGGUAUGAAACCCAGUGAGAAAGGACUCCUGAUGGAAGCCAGUGGCUGGAGGCUACAGGGAGGGUAGGAAAGCAGUUGUUUACUUAAAGAUUUAUCAAAUCAGUCAGUACAAAUGUCAGAUACAAUGUAUUUAUUUAAAAGAUUCAUUUUUUUAAUCAUGAAUUACUUUUCAUCCACAUUGUUUUAAAAGGAACAGGAUUGUGGAUGUCUGCCAGUUUUUGCCUUCAUUAUCUUUUUUUAUAAAGUUUCUCAGAUCCUUGUUUCAAAUACAAAUGCAGGGAUUGCUGCCACUUUUUAGAAAUUAAGAGGCAGAAAAUUGCACAAUGUUGAACUUUUUUCCACUAAAGUAGUGUGCAGUUUUAGUUUGCAUUCCUGAUAUGAUUCAAGACAUGUAAUAUAAAAAUAAAAAUGUAAAAACAAAAAGAAAAGCCAAAUUUGUGCAAAGUCUUGAAGCUCUUUGUAACCUUCAACUUAUGCACAAUUCUGUUUUAGGUUAAAGAAUAGGCAUUGUUUGAGCUAUACCAUCUCCACUGUUACCCUUUGGAAUUUUAAAAUAUAAAUUAUUAGUUUAUAUCAUUUUGUAUCUACAUUUUUUUCACAAAUUUGUCCUGCCUUAUUAAAGUUCUGUAAAAUAUUCUUAAAAGGAAAAAAAAUGUUCACUUUGAUUGAAAAUUUUGCUCAGAUGGACUGAUAAUUGCAUUCAUCUUGUUUUUAUACGAGAAGGUGCCUCAAGGAUUCCCUGUUGGAUUUGUUUAAAAGGAUUUUUAUCUUCUGUGAUAACUUUGCUGUGUACUAGGAACUGUUAAAAACAAAAACCUGUUACUAAAGAAAAUCUCUGAAAUGUGAUAAGUUCUUAUACCAAGUCAGUUUCAUGUGUCAACUUCCACAUUUCUGUGUAUUAUUUCAUUUUGUAAGAUGUUUCAGAAAGUAAUAUUUUGCACAGUUAGCAAACUUUGUAUGUCAUCUCUUUCCUAAAGGUGGCAUGCAGGGUUGACAUGAGACAACUUUUACAUUUGCAUGUGAAUAUCAAGUACACACUUGGUUAGCCUUUGAAUACAAACUCAUCUGUUCUUGUUUUUCAAGAAUUUCGAGACAUAAAGUUGUAUGUAAAGGAAUAUAUUAAGUUGAUGUUUUCUAGUUAGAUUUACUUCAAAAGAGUAAAUCAACUUCAGUAUGUACAAAUGAUAGCUGUGAAACUGUAGAAUAUUCUUAUGUCAGGCUUGGGAUUCAUUGUGAACUCCAAAAUUAGCCUGAAGGACCAGCCGGGCAAAGCAUUUUCUUAAUGUUCAGAGGCCAAAAGGUAGACAAAAACCCCUGCAAAUCCUACCUCCUUCAAUAGCCUUCAAAGAAAAUACUCCUCAGUGCUGUCUUUUUCAUUCUUUGGUCCCUGAUUUCUUAGGGUUCCCACUUCAUUAUUUUUGGGGUGGCUCUGAGCAUUAGGAGACUUAAUCUUUGAUGGCAUUGUUUUAACUUUGGGAUUUCUAGUGCAUUUCAGAGUCUCUUGAUUUGGUUUGACUUCAGUGAGGACCACAGCUGCCUCCUAGACACAGAGAAAGGGUCUCCUGCAUAUUGUGUUGUUAAGACCUUCAGAGAGGGAACCAAGCAGGCCUAUGGAAUUGUAGGAGUUUCCUGGCCUGGAUCUUCCAAUAGGAGCAAGUGACUCUGAGCUGGUUUCUAAACCAAUACCCUUGAAAACCAGAGCCCAGGAAAGGCAGUGCUAUGUGUGAUUCUCUGGAGCUCAAUUCUAUGCAGUUGUACUGAUGUUUCAUUAAGUCACUGUGUAUUUUUAAGUACUGAUACAUUAAAAUUUGCUUUAUGAAAGAUGAGUAAAUUUUCUAAAUACUUGGAAAUUUUAUUUCCUUGUUAAUGUCUACAGAUCAGGGCAGGUAACUCAGAAUAGCUUAAUAGCUUAAAUGAAAGUUUUAAACACACACACACACACACACACACACACACACACACACCAGGAAGCUAUUUUUAGAUUCUUCUGGCUUUAGCACCCUCAUUAUUUUUCUCUUAUUGAAAAAACACUUUAUCUCCUGUACAUCUCAUAGGUUGCAGGAUAAUUUGGAUAUAAGUAAUUUAAUCUGAGCAAAAGUAUAGUUUCUCUUUCAUUUUGACUCUUUCAAGUAAUAAUGACUUUUAUUAGCCAGUCUAUUUUCUUGUUGCACAGAUCUUAAGACGUGCACUGAUGUGUUGUUGGGGAGACAGUGGUGCAGUGUUCUGGGGAGAAGGUCACUGCUGGAAAGAUGGACGUUUCAGGAACAUUGCUAACUUUGGUUUCAAUUUCAGUGUUCAGUCAUUUAAAGAUUUUUUCAACCUAAAAAUAUCAUCCUGGUAUAAGUAUCAGGUAAGAAAAUUAAAGUUUUUAAAGUAAACUUCUCUGCAAUAUGCAUUUGGGUUUUACUCUCUGGUACUGUAAAGAACUUAAAGUGAUUCACUCUUGGUGGGUCCUGAAUCCAGUAUUCUUUACCCUGACUGUUUGGAUAAUUAAAGUUCCUUUAUGUUUUCUAUAA